CCGACGCGCUUUAUGUUAUACUUUAUCCAAACAACUAUUAUUACAUUAUUUACACUUGGUCAAAAAUACACCCUUUAAUUAUCAUAACAGAAUUAACCACUUCCUCCCCUUUCAAAAUUUCAUCCUUUAUAUGCUCCUCCUCCCUUCUUUGGGACAACCCUUUAUCUCUUCUCCUCACCACCACUACCACCACGGCACCGCCUUCAUUAUUCUCGAUAUCCCUAUACGUACAUCAACGUACGUACGAGCUCCAUACCGGCUUGUUAUUGUUAUUGUUAUUGUUUGAAAUACACAUACAUAACAACUUGAUCACCCACUAAAAUAGAAAAAAAAAAAAACACAUCAUGGUUGAUCAAAUAAAGCAACUAAGAGACAUAUUUACACGAUUCGACAUGGACUCAGACGGCAGCAUAACAGUGCUAGAGCUAGCUGCAUUACUAAGGUCCUUAGGACUUAAGCCAUCAGGUGAUCAGCUAGAGGUCAUGCUAGCCUCAAUGGACUCAAAUGGCAACGGAAGUAUCGAGUUUGAUGAACUAGUAAGCGCAAUUAUGCCUGAUAUGAAGGAAGAAAUACUAGUGAAUCAAGGGCAGUUGUUGGAAGUGUUCAGAAUAUUCGAUCGCGAUGGUAAUGGUGUAAUCACAGCUGCAGAACUUGCAGGAGCAAUGGCUAAAAUGGGUCAGCCAUUGACAUACAGAGAGUUAACAGAGAUGAUCAAUGAAGCCGACGCGAAUGGUGAUGGAGUUAUUAGUUUUCAUGAGUUUGCUUCUAUUAUGGCUAAAUCUGCUGCUAAUUUUCUUGGUCUUCCUGUAUCAUAAUAGCCAGAUUUAUGUGAAAAUUAGUUGGUUUGUUUUUAACUUUCUUUUUUCUUCAUCCAUUUUAAUUUUGGGUGUGAACUAACUGUAUUUUUUUUUAAUCCUUUGCAUAUUACACUGCUAUAUAAUAAUCUAAAUUUCAGAAA